UGGUGGGUUCUAAGCCUACAAUAACAACCCAAAACCAAGAAACAUUUGUCUUUCUCAAAUCUAAAACCCUAAAUCUUUGCCCCCAAAUGAAAUCAAAUAAACUCUGAAAACCAAAGAACGGGAAAACACUUGGAUACUAACCAUUUUGUUUGGAAGCCAUGAAAAGGGUUUUGUUCAGAGGCAUUUCACUCACUACUCGCAAUUUUCUUCACUCUUAUACCAAAACCAACCAAAACCCAGUUCACUCGUUCAACCCACUCUCCGCUUCAACUCGGUCUCGACUCAGGUUCUACUCAUCCGAAUCGGAUUCUCCCGUUGAAAAGAAGCCUGACCCUGUUAUAGAAUCUGCUUCAGUAGCUGAAGCCCAUGUCAAGGAUGUAGCUUUGCCCGUUGAGGAUGUGAGUAAUAAAGAGCUGAAAACCCGAAUCAAGAAGUACUUUGAAGGGGAUGAAGAGGCACUCCCUUCAGUUCUUGAGGCCAUUUUGCGGAGAAAGUUGGCUGGGAAGCAUGAGGAGACGGAUGAUGAAUUGAUGGAUGAAUUGGAGGUGCAACCACGAGACAAUGUGGAUGAUGAAGAGUUCGAGUCAGAUUUUGAUAAUUUGUACUCGACUGAUGAAGAGAUCGAAAAUUUGUAUAGUGCCCGGGAUAUAGUCGUGAAGAGAAUGGUCAAGGAUGAGUACUUUAACAUGGAUGAUCAGAAGUGGGAUGAAAUGAUUAAGGAAGCUGUUCAGCAUGGAUAUCUUAAAGACACAAAGGAGUGCGAGGAAAUUCUAGAGGACAUGCUUAGCUGGGACAAACUCCUCCCAGAUGAGAUGAAGAAAAAGGUGGAAGAAAGGUUUAAUGAGCUAGGCGAUAUGUGUGAACGAGGCGAGCUUGAAGUUGAAGAAGCUUAUGAGCAAUUCAAGGAAUUCGAGGAUCAGAUGGUAAUGGAAUACGGAAAGAUGAUGGAAGCUGAGGGCCCACCAAAAUUUGAUGAGACGGCUGUACCGGACUUAAAAAAGAACUUGGAUGAUCCACCUGGUGAGGGUCCAAUCCUUAGGUGGCAAACUCGGGCGGUGUUUGCUCCUGGUGGUGAUGCAUGGCAUCCCAAAAACAGAAAAGUAAAGAUGUCUGUUACAGUGAAGGAGCUCGGGCUUUCAAAGCAUCAAUUCCGCCGGUUACGAGAGCUUGUUGGAAAGAGAUACCAUCCAGGCAAAGAUGAACUUACAAUUACUAGUGAGAGGUUUGAACACCGUGAAGAGAACAGAAAAGAUUGCCUCAGAACACUCUUUUCUCUCAUUGAGGAAGCCGGAAAAGCUAACAAAAUGGUGGAGGAGGCUCGUACUAAAUAUGUCAAGAACAGGCUUCGAGCCAAUCCAGCAUUCAUGGAGAGAUUGCGUGCAAAGACGAUGAAAUUGCAAGAAUCUACUACAUUCCCAUAAAUGAACUCUUUUAAGGAAAUUUAUUUGUUUCUUUUAUUUGCAAAUUUUGCUAACCAAAUCUUCAAGGAAAAGAAAAAUAAAAAAAAUGUAACUCUUUUAGUUCUUUUCAUUUGAUGGUGGAUUUUUAUUAUUGAA